AUUGCCUGUGUGUGUAUACUAAGGUAAAAAAAGAGAGAGAGAGUGAGCAAAAGAAAAAUUAAAAGAGGGAGAAAGUGAGAGAGUGAGUUUCUCAUCAUCAUCAUCUUUCUGUACUCUCAAAACUAACCAUACAACAUAAGCACAUCAGCACCGAUAAUAUUACCUGUUGAAUCCUGAAUGUGAACAUUAUAACAGGAAUUAUAAGUUUUACCGUUUGUAUUACGAAAAGCCGAUUAUCAAUGAACCAAAAUACCAACACGAGAAAGUCCAUUUUAUAAGUUUGUGUCUUCACGUUACGUCAACGAUUUCGUCAACAAUCAGCAAUUAACAAAUUGUUAUCCAUCCAUUGGGUGAGAAAAAGAGAGAGAAAGAGAUAGAGACAAACAGAGUGAGUGUCGAUUCUUAUCUUCAUAUGUCAUCACAUGAAACAUUCACCGAUCAUCUUGAUCCACUAGUUAAUUAUUAACGUGUACGUGUUUGUUUGUGUGUGUGUGUGUUUGCUGGUGAGUUGACUUGCUGUUUAAACCACUCAAAUGAUCUGGAUUAAUUGUAACCAGUGUAAGUGUUUCAUCAUUAACUGUGUUUCUACUUAAAUCAACAGCACAGCGAAAAGUGUUUGCAUGAUUACGUGUCGAUAAACAAAUCAUAACAUUGGCACUAAUUCAAAUUGUUGUUUAAUCCUUCCCAUCACUUGUAACGAUUGUUUCAAUUAAUCUGCUACUACGAUCACACGUCUAGUGGAUGUAAGAUCAACACGAUACAAACAUCGGGAAAAUCAAAAACGGGAAUCAGUUAAUUGUGGUUUUCCAUUUGUAAUUUCAGAUUGUUGUUUUCACUGUGAUUCUGGUUUUCUCGUUUAUUCAGUGGUGGGUUUUGUCUUCAUCUUUGUGGAUUUUUUUUUCUCUUGUAUGAUUGAGAGGCUUUUGUACCUUGGCUACUCGCUCAACUUGAUCUUCCUUUGAUUUCGUGAGUGGAAUUUUCGUUUUGUGAGUGAGUGUUAAUUAUAUCACUUUUGAUGAUUUUCUUUUGUUGAUUUUUGUUUGUCUCUACAUUGUAACAACCAUUUUGAGUUUAAUUUUCCGUCAAAUGUCGUACGAGGAGAAGAAAGUUUUCUGCACCAAUGAUCCAAAUUCUGGUGGCCUAAUGUUAAGUCAACCAAAUUGUUUGUCAUCUUCCGUUUUAACCUCAGGCCUGGGAGUAUCUGGAGCAUCAGCAACUCCCGUUAAUGAUUCUGGAAAUGGUCCCAAUGAUCAGUAUUCACCAUAUGACAAUUCAGAUGGAUUAAUGAAUUUAAUUAACUCUGAACUUUCACCAGUUUCGGUUUCCUUGUCAUCGCCAACCUCAAAUUCAGUCCUUGUAUCACCAGUGCAACAACAACAACCUCAAUCAAUGGUUAAUCCAUCAUCAAGAAUCUGUGAUCAGUUGAUACUCUCAAUGGAGUGUUCACCAAAUUCAAAUACAUCGACCAUGACUCGAUUACAUUCAACUCACCCUCAACAUCAACAUCAAGUUCAACACCAACACCAACACCAUCAUCCUCAACAACAACAACAACCUCAUCAACAGCAUCUUCAACAUCCACACCAACAACAACACCAUCAGCAGCAUCAGAACCUUCACCCUCAUCACCAUCACUUGUCACCACCUUCAUCAGGUCAACACCAAUCUCCAUCACCGUUACAAUCAUCAAGUGGAUUAGGAUCACCAGUGACCACAUCAUUAUUUUAUCGUUUAACUGACCAACAUCCGAAAAAGACAAAGAUUGAAAUUCAACUUGAUAAUGGAUCAACAGGUAUAUCUUUGGGUCCCAUGGAAACAGAUGAUAAUUCAAGAUCCUAUCUGAGAAUUGUAGAAGAACCAACAAACCGAAUCAGGUACCGGUACAAAAGCGAAAAAGGAUCUCAUGGUGGAUUAACGGGAGAAAACAGUUCACAGAAUAAGAAAACAUAUCCAACAGUUAAGCUUAAAAAUUACCGAUCAUCGAACCAAGUCCACAUUAAGGCCAGUCUUUAUACGAAUGAUUCAACACCUAAACUUCAUGUACACAAAUUAAUGGGAAAACAUUGUAACGAAAAUGGUUUUUGUAUCUUACCUCUUGGAGACAAUAAUCAAGCAGUAUUCCAAAAUUUAGGAAUUCUAUUUGUGGGUAAAAAGGAAGUUCCUGAAAUACUUUAUCAACGGAAAUUGGAAGAGCAUAAAUUGAUAUGUGCUCUAAGUGAUAGGUCACAAUUAUCGGAAUCUGAUCGGGAGCGACUUCGAGAAGAGGCUGAUCGUGAGGCGAAACGGAUUAAUCUUAAUUGUGUUAAAAUUUGUUUCCAAGCAUUUGAUCAAAGCCAAGGGAUGAAUUUUCCUAUUUGUGAUGCCGUUUUUUCAAGACCAAUAGCUAAUCAAAAAUCUCCCGAUUCUGGAGAAUUGAAAAUUGUUCGAAUGGACAAAUAUUCGGGUGUUUGUACAGGUAAUGAGGAAGUUUUUCUUCUCUGUGAAAAGGUAAAUAAGAAAGAGAUCAAAAUUCGUUUCUUCGAGACGGACAUGGACGGAAAUCAAACUUGGGAAUCAUUUGCCUCUUUCACGGAGGCCGAUGUUCACCAUCAAGUGGCCAUAGUUUUCCGAACUCCACCCUAUCAUAAUACCAAUAUUGAUCGAUCGGUUCAAGUUUAUGCUCAAUUAUAUCGUCCAAAAGAUGGUGAAUACUCGGAACCAAGGCCAUUUACCUACAAACCUAAACCAGUAGAUCAAGAAGGUGUUGAACGGAAGCGGAAAAAAAUGUCCACACAUUUUAAUUCAGCAUUUCCAAUGCUUGGGGGUAACAUAAUUGUUCCCGGAGGAUCAAUUGGACCCCAAUCAUCAACGGGAAAUAAUAAUAUCGAUGGAGGUAUAAACGUUAUCCUAAACAAUACCAAUAACGUUAAUAAUAAUAACAAUAGUAAUAAUAAUAAUUGUGAUAAUCGAGGUGAUAAUCAAAGAAAUAUGAAUGACCGAAGGUCAAGCAUUGAGAGUAACAAUUUAUUGGGAGGUGAUAAUAAUAAUAAUGGAUCUGGUAAUAAUAAUGGACGACGAGUGAUUGGUAAUGGUGGUGUUGUUGUCGAUGAUGACGAUAGUGACCAAUACGUUGGAUAUACUGGUAAUGGAAGAAGUUAUUUCCUCUCUUCGUCAAUGUCAACCCAAGGUCCAAAUAACUCGUCAACCGAACCAACCGAUGUCAACUAUUAUGGUGCUAAUUAACUGGAAACAAAAGAAAAUGCUGAAAGAUAAUUAAAAGAGAAAAGAGAAAGACAAAACGCCAUUUGGAAUUGAACCUUUAUUAUCAUUUGGUUCAUUUUGUUAAUUGUACUCUUAAUAUUUUCCACCGACCUUGUAUUUGUGGAUAAUAAUCUUCUGUAGAUAAUUAUUAUGGUAAAAAGUUCAUCUGGAUGAUCCCAAGGGAAACAAAUAGAGAGACAUAAUAUUGAAACAAUCUCUUCCACCCAAUAAGUUUGAUCGAUUUUAGAUUAUUCUAGUCACCCAGCUUUAAAUGUAUAUUUUUUUUCAUGGAAAAUGAAACUUACUCUGUUGAACAGUGAAUCAUUUGCUGUUUCAGUGGUGACCCAAUCCAAAUAUUUGUCCGAAUUGCGAGAAAAACUCACAUUGCCCUGUUACUGUUUCCCCUGAAAACGUGAUCUCUUCACUCAAUGUCACCAAAAUGAUACCAAUUCCAAGUGUAAAUUCCAGAUCAACAAUCAAUGGCAAACAAUUUACCAAGAGGCAACCUUUUCAAUGAUUCCAAGUUGUUAUUGUUGUAAUUAAGUUACCUUCCAGUUUCAAUCUUCGUUAUUGCUGAUACCUGUUACCAUAUUUUUUAAAUCCAAUACAUUUAGAUGAUCAAGUUUCUCGUUAAUCAUGAAAACCUGUUGUAAUUACCUGAUUCUCGUAAAGCCAUGUGAUUUAUACGGUUGACUAAAUGUGACUCCGUUGGUAAUAAUAAUCCUCCUGCUAAUCAAGAGAUAAAAACUAUUGGCAAUUAAAAGUACAAUCAACUCACGGAAGUGCAAGAUAGAAGAUAACAAAAAAGUGCCCAUCAAGUGAUAUCACCCACUGAAAUAUUUUUAAACAUUCGCUAAUUGUUUGGUUAUCCUUUUAAACAAUUUAUAUAUAUAUAUAAUCAACUGAUUACCUUUUGAUUCAUUUGCAUAUCUAAAAUUAUCCUAUUAUGUAUAAUAUCAACCUCUAAUCCUAACAAACAAAAACAUACAAUCAAAUGUUAACUGUUCACUUCGAGCAUCAUCAAAAUCAUCAUGUUAAUCACCUCAAUCAUUAUCAUGAUAACUAGUAUUUAUUACAAUUGUUUUUUAAACCAAAAAAUCAAAAUAACCAACUAAAACUCUGAUAGUUAUUGUCUUGGUGAAAAAAAAAUAAAAAUGAGUUUAUUUUCAA